AUGACGACUGGUGACCUCGCCGGCACCGUCCAACCGGUUGCGGUGCCCCAACCAAGUACGAUGACGCUGCCUAUUCGCAACGGCAACGGUGACGACAAGCCAGCAGACGGACAGACUCUGACAGGCAAACAAGAGCAUUAUUUGAAGCGCGAACUAAUGUCCGAGCAGGUCUACUAUGAAGUGGACGAGCUCAACUCCCCCACGGCGCUUCAGCGAUUCGGUGCGCCGUUUCGGUCUGAGAGAGGCGAAGUCUCGCCGCGAGAGUCGGAACUUCCGAUUUUAAGAUAUAUUUUUGUGCACCAUGUUCGAGACUUCCCGUUCCUUGACAAGGCGCGCGAGAAGGAGUUUUGGCAGGAUAAACUGCAGGUGUUCCUUGAGUCCUUUGCAACGAGACACAUUUCCUCCUCGGAAGACCGACUAGAAGAAACCAAGCGCAAAAAGUUGGCCAUCAAGGCGAAGAAAAUGGUCGAACUCAUGAUGGUGUCCGGUAUUGGAACGUCAUCUGGCUUCGAAGAACGCAUCCGCUUUUCUGAAAUCGAAAUUGUCGAUAGCCAUGCUAUUGAUUCUGGUGUUAUGAAUACUAUGCCAGAGGGCAACUACAUCAACGGCUGGGAUGUAAAUGUCUCCGCCGUUAGGAUUGUGUCGGUUAAACGAAACGUUCGAUACCAUAAACAUGCCGAGUUUAUCUUGCGAAUCAAGAAAAAGGGCGAGCUUGAACACUUUGUGGCUAGGCGCUAUGGAGAUUUUGCAAGACUUCAUAAACGACUAAAGACAGAGCUACCUGGACGCAUCUUGCCUGCCAUGCCGAGAAAGAACAAAACCAGCUCUACAGCAUCUGGAAUAUUUUCAUCAUUUGGCGGCGAUGGUUCCGAUGGUUCUAGUGUGUCUUCAAUCUCAACACGGGUUACUGGUCUAGUACCCGAUUCUCCUGGCGGCGCAGGUUUGCUAGAUCCUCAGAAGCAUCAACGUUCUCCUUCAGCGCGAUCAAUCAGAUCUACCCUAUCUGGUCGACCAUCUACAGAAAGCCGGUUGAACCGUAUUAAAUCUGCUGGAUCUACAAAUGGUGAAGGAUCUGUUGUGCUACCUCGAGAAGCUCAACGCAUUUCCCUUCGUGCUUUCAUUCGAUCAUUGUUACAUAACCCACAGGUCGCCAACACGAAAGCUAUGCAAGAGUUUCUGGAAGGUGAACCUAUUACUUUGACGGACGAAGAUGUUGACGACGUGGUUCGACGUAAGGCUAUUGACGAAAAACGAAUUGAGGAGCAGAAGAACUUUUAUGAGAUUGCAAGAAAGCGUGCCGCAGAACUCGACGAAUAUAUGGAACAGUUCCGUCGUGAUAUCGUCGAGCGCAACGGCCUGACAAUGCUCUUCCAAGAGAUCAAAGAAAAGAAGACCAUUGGCGAUCUGAGCAUUCAGUACCGAAAGUUUGCUGAGUGGUUACGCAUCGAGGUGGCUGCGGUAAUCUAUCACUUGUUCCUUGCCGAGGACAACUCACCAGAGGUCUUUGCUCAAGCACGCCGCAUUCAUUCCCUCAUCCCAUACACAGUAAUCAAGAACGUCAUCAGGAUAGCGAAUCCUGCAGCCGUCAUGUCUGGAAUUUUGGACAUUUUCUUGGCACAGCCUUUUGGCACGAGAUCGCUUAUGCAGCGCAUCUUCUCGUUAACACUCAACGACGGAAUUAGGAGCUUCCAGAAGUCGAUUGAUGUGUUAACCGCCAAGAUUGGAGAACCCGUUUACUCUGAAAAGCUACUUGCAUACACAAACGCCGAUGAGAAUAUCAAGGCUAGCAUUCGACUUGAAGCCCAAGAGGAAGACAUGGAUCUGGUGGUGACGAUUCUUCGCUCUGAGCAGCUGGAGCCAGAGCUUACUGGACCACAAAUCCAAAAGUUGUUUAAUGCGUAUGUUGCGUUUAACAAUGCCGUGGAGAACAUCGAUGAUGAGCUCAAACAAGGAGCUGAGCUAUUCUCAUAUUUGAAACAGCUCUUGAAGCUCUGCACUCGACAGCGAGACAAGGCGAUGAUGCUCGAGCUUAUCGAAGAGCCUGUGACAUUGAAGCUGUUCCGUGAUCUUUUCACGAUUUUCUAUGAGCCUCUUGUGCGAGUCUAUAAAUCGGCCAAUGUAUACAACAGUGUUACUGACUUUGCUGUGUUCAUUGACGAUAUUAUCCAGGUGGUGGACAAGUGCAGAGAACAAGAUGCCUCUGCAGAUCCUAAUCAGACCGUUCAGGCCUUCAUCGACCUCUGCGCCCGUCACGAGCACAACUUUUACAAGUUUGUGCAUGAGGUGCACACACACGACAAUGGCCUCUUUACACAACUCAUGGGCUGGGUUGAAGGUAUUCUAGAAUUCCUACGCAAGGGUCCUACCAACGGCAAGCUCAACGUCAAUGCGCUGUUUGAGGGUGGCGUAGGAAGUGGAGCGCUUGACAAGGAGAAGGCUAUUGAAGAGAUCAAUGCGCUUAUCUCGUGGCAGGAAGCAAGGAAGAAGUGGCACAAUGACAAGACACGGCAGAAGAUGGCGGCCGAGGGCCAACCUGGAAGCGCGCUCGCUACAGGUGGUCUGCACUUUGACUCUUCAGACUUUGGAUUGGACGGUGGCGACUUGGAGGAGAUGAAUUUUGAUGACGGUUCAGAGUCUGAGGCAGAGAUUGAAGACGAUUUGGAUCCCAUCGAAGAGGAGCGCCGCCGCCGAGCUAAGAUGCAGAAGACGCUGCGCCGUACUGCCGGUGAGCCCGUGAAGCCUACGAUUUCGGAGGUACAUAAGCUGAAGGAUAACUUUUUGGUUAUGCUGCGCGAUGUUCUGGCUGAUUAA